UUUAUUUUGAAAAAUGAAGAAAGAAGGCGUGAAGCCAACUACGCAGCUGGCAUCGAGUUAAAUAUUGCAACAAUCUCUUUGAAAGUCAAUAUUUAAAGCAUGUUGUUUUAGGAGUUACACGACAAAACCUUUAUAUUAGCUACCUAAUUUAAUUAUUUUAAACUAAAGUGAAUGACGAUGAGUUUUUUAGUAUUAAGAUUCUGCAGGACGACAAAUAAUGUGCCGCACAUAUUAAAACGUGUGCUUGACAGAUUGCCGCAACAGAUAGCGGCUUCACACACACAAAGUUCAGUUUACCAAACAAAUCGAUGUCCUGGAUCGCAGUGGAUAUUGUGUCACAAUCGAUCUCUUCAUGCCGGGGCUCAAUUCUGCAGUAAGGACCAUGGAAAGAAGGGUACAGAUAAUGUGUCCGUUUCCAAAACUUCAUAUACACCAACUUCUACUGCAGCACAGAAAGCUAAACAGGCUGGCAAAGAUUUCACAUAUUUGAUUGUGGUGCUCAUUGGACUUGGAGUUACAGGUGGACUGCUGUAUGUGGUCUUUCAAGAGCUAUUUUCCUCAUCAAGUCCAAACAAAAUCUAUGGAAAAGCUUUUGAGAAGUGCAGAUCUCACCCAGAGGUAAUUGGAGCUUUUGGUGAGCCUAUUAAAUGCUUUGGGAAGACCAGUGGACGUGGGAGAAGACAACAUAUCAAUCAUUUUGAGUACGUAAAGAAUGGACUCAAACACAUGAGGCUGACAUUUUACAUUGAGGGAUCUGAACCAGGCUUACGGGGAACUGUUCAUUCAGAAUCAAAGGAGAAUCCAGAGACAGGAAAGUAUGAAUUCAGGUAUAUUUUUGUAGAGAUAGACACUUAUCCCAAGAGGACAAUCGUCAUUGAAGACAACAGAUAAGGAUGAUGUUUUACACACAUGUUGGCAAUUUCAAUGACAGACAUUGAAACUAGCAUUUGUAUAAAAAAAAUCUGUAUGUUGCUACACCAAACAUGGAUUUAACUUGAUCAUCAUAACGCAGGAACUGAAUUAUAAAUCUAAGGUUCUAGAAACAUGGGUGCUAAUAUUGAAACAUUUUGUCUUGUGAAAUGUUUGGCAUGUUUGAAUUAUAUAAUCUGUGUUUAGAAAUAAAGUUGGAGAAUGCAAUUCAUUUAGGAAUAAAUUGGAAUACAUGUUAAUAAAUGCAUUUUUGGAAAAGGUUUGUGUACUUUUUUUUGCUUUGGAUUUGCCCAAAAUCAUUAAUAGUGUAUUCUAAAUUCAAUACCUUAAAUGGCUUUUGGCUUUAAUUGUUUAUGUAGUUAAAUGUAUAUAAUUAACAUAGUGGUUCUUUUAAUAAAAAGUAAUUAUUUGACCAAAGAUGAAGCAAAUAUCAAAAAUGUCAUUGUCCUGAAAGCCAUAUAAUAACAGAAGUUUGUUCUUACUCCACCAGGGGGCGUUAUGAUACUAUUUAUGUACUUUUUGAACAAUAUUUAAAUCUUUUCUUUCAAAACCUCAGAACGACAGUACAGAUUUUACUUGGCAUCAUGUCUACAAAUGUAAAUACCUAAUAUGUAUAAACAUUUGGCAGGUUAAUUAACCACAAUAAAACAAAAGUAGAAGGGACUUUUAUUUUGACGGGAGUUUUUCCCAUAAUGCCACUAAGCAGACGCCUUGUUAGACAACAGAACUACAGCGAAACCCCUGCUCAUGGAAAAAACAUACAGCAACGGAGUGCUUUCUCGGAAACCGUUGAUUGUUUCAAAUAUUACAAUUUAUUUACAGAAGAGAUACACUCAGUCUACAAGAAGUUAGUGACACCGAGCGUCUGUAAAAUUAUACAAACUCUCUGUUUUUAAUUUAUCUAGGGUGAAUUUCUUUUCUAGCCCGUUAGCAAAGCAACUUCCUAUCUUGUGGUAGAGGUGCGGGUGCUGUGCUAGUUCCCUAAAACUGGAGUGAAUUAUAACUUUUAUAAGCUUUAAAAGUUUCACAGCUUGAAAGCUGAUUAUGAUAAUAAAUACCAACUGGUGAGAAACAUGGAGUUGUACUGGUACAUAGUCGUCAUAAUAUUUAUUAUGAUUAAGAUCUUCUUCUACAUCUGCUGGUACCGUUCGAGGCAAAGACAGCUCGCUGCAUACCUCAGCAAUCCCCGCAAUACACAGAUCGUCAUUGUGGGAGGAAGAGCAUACCUGCACCAGGUCUGCGAAAGGCAAAAUACAUCAAUCUGGCCCAGUUGGUAUGGCGUUCAGGACGACGGCUCGGUGGGCGAACCCUCCGCCUCUCUUCCACCAUCAUCAUCACUUUCUCAUCUAGACAUGCCUCCACCAUAUGAGGCCGUGUCUGGAGCAAACGAUCUAAAGCCUCCGCCAUACAGCGAGUAUGCGCAAAACGACGACACCGAUACAUCCCUCAGCAUCGCCAUCCCAGACGGCAACGAUUCUAGCGCGAUCACCGAAGCUCCACCUCCUUACACACCCAGUGCCAUCUCUCCAGCCAAUCAGCAAGCAGACAACCACAGCCAAUCCGAGGGAAGGUCAAGUUAAACAUCUUCCUGAUUUCAAAACAAGGGCUAGGCAACAGGUUUAGCCCUUCCCCAGGUUGUUGUUGUUUUUUUCCAUCUGGACUUAUUUUCUUUACAAGGCAAUCUGUAAACUAUACAGGAUUAAGGAUGUUUGUUGGUUCUCUUGUAAAGUGCACAAUAUGCAGUAUAAAGAAUAACUGAUGCCAUCUGCUGGUGGAGAUGAUAACUGCUCUGCCCACGCUGGUAAAAACCGGUGCUUUUAGUUCACUCAUGCCUUAUUCUCAUUUUAGCCAGCAUCACAACAGGGCUUAGCCAUACGACAGACACCACCUAAUUCAGUUAUUUAAAAAAAAUAUUAUUUGCGACAGUCCUGGGGAUCAACGAAAUGAGCAUCAGCACAGCGUUACGGAGUUUAUAUUCCGUGAACUGUACAUAGGCUAUCUGAUAAUGGACAAUGUUAUACAAACUUUGUCUUUUUUUCUUCUCUAAAGUCCCAAAGGGAGAGGUUCAAGUAAGUGAAGGUUUAUUUUAACCUUAGUUUAUAUGUGAUGACAAUUAAAAAAAAAAAAAGAAAAAAAAACUUUGCCCUGUGAAGCACUUUUAAAUGUGUUGUUAUUGCCUUAAUCUGUUGGUAGACGUCCGAUAUCCAUGAAUCAACCGGAGCCAGUGUGGAUAAGUGUGGUUGUUGGUUCUGACUUGUUGUGUAAAUGUGAAGCAGUCAUACUCUUGUGUUGUAUCGCUUAUCAGGUUAACUGUAAUACACUGAUGCAUUCGAAAUCACAGUGCCCUUAUGAACUAAUUCUGCUAACCGGAAUAGAAAUCCUCUGUGCGUAUGUGCGCGUUAUGGCAUGUGUUAAGUGUGAUAAAUCCAAAAUGAACUUCCUUGUGAAAAUGCUGAUGUGUUGUGGUGAGCGCAUGAAGUCAUCUCUGUGCAAUUGUCAAUAUACCAGGUUAACAUAAUGGGAUCAAUCAUUUUUGUAUAAAAAAGUCCACAUGAAAGGAUGUGCUGUAAGUGUGCUUUUAAAAAAUGUGUGUGUAGUAGUAGUUAUAUUUUCCUAUACGGACACCCCUGUCCUUCCACUUUCACUAUAUUAUUUCAUUUAAUCAUGAUUUAAAUAGCUAACAUGUAUUAUCUCAUUUAAACUGAAGUACUGUAUAUGCUAUUUUUGUAUUUAUGGAAAAACCCUUCAAAUCUCUUUCAAAAAUAAAGUUGGGUGAAAUGUCUGAAA